AUGCAAGCAACGCGCCGACAUGGUCUCAGCCCCACCAGUGAUCGGUUGAUGCUUGAAGUUGCCACCAUGCUGCUUUUUGACUACGUCAUUGCCAACGAAGACAGGACAUUUAUGCAUAACAGCCAUGUGGUUGCAAGGGGGAAUACGAAGCAGCUUUUGUCUUCCUGGAUCACGGCAAAAGCCUUGUAUAGUCAUUCAGCAGAGGUGCGGUGUAAUCCCUUGUUUUUACCGAGAGGGGCCUCCUCGCUGUGGGGGAGGCGGCAAAGCCAACACCCAUGUGUAGGCUACCGGAGUUUCUGUUGCGGCGGGCUUUGCGCCUUUCAAGCAAGCGGUACAUGUCGUUUCACUCCCUGCUUCCGCGCGGUAAGGAAGGUGAGAAUGGCACAAUCCACGACAGUGAAACCCUGGCAGGGCAGCUGUUCCGCGCAGCGCCGUCGAACAGUGUGA